CCAGGUGAGCAGUCCGUGGGCAGGCGGGGAUGGGCAGACGGCUGGCUUCCUGGGAGAUGGGCACCCUCUCCUCCUGAGGCCGGGUCUGCGCCUUUUAUGAUCCCGUGCCAGGUUGGAACGGUUGAAGGAUGCCGCCGGCACCUGCUGCAGGAUUCCCCAACUUCCAUGGAUCCUUGCAUGUCUAGAUCAAGAUCUGAUUGAGCUGACAGCUGAGGAAGAUGAAGAUGUAACUAGAUAAAGUUGAUGUCUUUGUUCAAAAAAAAAAAAAAGGAUCCAUCGUUGGGUUGACGUUGGGCCAUCCUUCUGCUAGGAGAUGAACGUCUAAUUCCUAGAUCUUGGGUUUAAACCAAUCAUGAAGGCCAAAAGCAAAGGAACCAAGCGUCGGAACGCCGUCAAUGAAGAGACUUUAGGCCAAGAACUCACCCAGAGCAGAGAUGAUCUUCUGAAAUAUUCAUGGCGCAAGGAGAAGAGGAACAAGGAAAUCCCAAAGGCGGCCUCCAAACUUUCUUGGAACAGCAAGGAUCGGCGCUUGCGGAGGCUGGAGAGCAAUGAGCGCGAACGCCAACGCAUGCACAAGCUCAACAACGCCUUCCAAGCGCUGAGAGAAGUCAUCCCUCACGUCCGAGCGGAGAACAAGCUCUCCAAAAUCGAGACCCUCACGUUGGCUAAGAACUACAUCAAGUCCCUCACCUCCACCAUCCUCGGGAUGACCAAUGGACACCACCCGGUGGUUGAAGGCACGGGCUCGGAAGGAAAGUCCAAACUCUAUGAACACUAUCAACAGCAGUGCGAGGAAGGAGAUGAACCCAAGGAGCAGCUUCAGAAGUACUCCACCCAAAUCCAUAGCUUCAGGCAAGGCAGCUAAAGCUGGCUGCGCACCUGCAAUUGUCUUCCAGGACCCAAGAAGACAUCCAACCUCCAAGUGGACGUGUGGGAUUUUUCUCCGUAGUUUUGCAAAAUGGAAAGCCAGUUUUGAACUUCUGAUAUAUGAGAGGACCUGGGCAUGCCAUGAAACCCAUCUUACGUUAAGUAUAGAGUCUUAUAGGUCACAUAGGGUCUCCAGCUUGUGCGGGGGAUUGAUUUAGAAGACCUCCAAAGUCCCUUCCAACUCUGCUAUUCUGUUAUAAUCCAUCCAGAUUUUUUUCAAAUAGUUUAGCUUCUUAAAAAGUAAGCACUUUUAAAUUUCUUUAAAAAAAGGAAAAGAAGCCAAUAUUCCUACAAUGAAUGUAAAUCCUGCAAGCUGUUAGUUGUCCCAUGCCAGGAAAGAUAUCCGAGGUGGCGCAGUGGUUAAAAUGCAGCACUGCAGGCUACUUCAGCUGACUGCAGUUCUGCAGUUCGGCUGUU